UCUACAAUGAGAACUUAAGAAAAAAUACUUAAGCUUUAAAACUUAAGCCGCACAUUUAAGACAUAAGCUGUUAAGUUGUAGUGUCUACAAUAGACUUCGCAAGCCCACAGCUUUAAGCUUUAACGACUACAAAGAACCAAUCAGAAAGCAGAUUGUUUCGCAGACGCAUGGGGCAGUGUAAAGCGCACGUUUAUAAACGCUAUGAUUUUAUAAUGGAAGAAGACGAUGAUUUUAUGUUCUUUUUUGUGGCAAUUGCAUGGGUGCAAAGGAUAACAUGUUAUUUGUUGUUAAAAAGAUGCAACAUUAGAAAUCGGAGAUGGUGGAUGCUGCCUGAUAAGCGAGAGAGAUCUCAUCUGGGAGUAUACACUACUUUGUUUUUGAGGUAUAAACACACGAAUCAUGAAGAAUUCUUCAAAAUGACAAGACUUACAGUUGAACAAUUUGAAGAACUGCUCAAUUUGAUUAGCCCUGCCUUGAUAAAGAACAGCAUACGAGAAUAUUUGGAUCCUGCAUUUCGUCUAGCAUUUACAGUGUGCUUUCUAGCAUCAGGAGACAGUUUGGUUUCAAUGGCCAGAUGUUGGCGUAUAGGCAGGUCAACAUCUUAUAAUGUUGUUAUUGAAACGUGCAAUGCUAUUUGGCAAUGUCUUCGAAGGAUAUAUUUGAAGAAUCCUUCUCAAGAAGAGUGGAAAAAUAUUGAGAAAGACUUUUAUAAUAGAUGGAAUUUCCCCAACUGUGUCGGGGCUUUGGAUGGAAAGCACAUUCGUGUGCAAUGUCCACCCAACUCUGGUUCAGCGUAUUAUAAUUACAAAGGAUAUUACAGUAUGGUAUUGCUAGCUACAUGUGAUGCAAAUUAUGCUUUCACUUCUGUAGAUAUUGGAGAUUAUGGAUCAUUGUCAGACACAAGUAUUCUCAGUGCAUCGGCAUUUGGACAAGCUCUGGAACGUGAUGAAUUAAAUCUGCCACCCCCAAAAGUAUUGCCAAAUUCAACAUUACUAGCUCAUUACUAUUUCGUGGGUGAUGAAAUUUUUCCGUUACGAUUAAAUUUACUUCGACCAUAUGCAAGGAAAAACUUAUUAGGGGUCGCCGAAAAAGUUUUCAAUUAUAGACUCUCCAGAGCGCGACGUGUUAUUGAGAACGCUUUUGGAAUUCUCGUAACCAGGUGGAGAGUGCUAAGAACUACAUUAGCCCUAAAUCCGGAUAAUGUGGAGGCUAUAAUUUCUGCUACAAUUUGUUUACACAACUUUAUAAUGAAAAAUGAAGAACACAUUGUUGGAUUCCAAUCAUACUGUCCAUCUGGUUAUGUUGACUAUUUUGAUGACAAUGGCAAUGUCAUUCCUGGCUCUUGGCGAGAAGAAAACACUCCUGCGUGUGUAACACGACUCAAUCGAGUAGGAUCUAACCGUGCUGCCACAAUUGCAAUGAAGCAACAAGACGCAAUAGCUGCAUAUCUCAUCUCAAAUCAAGGACAAAUUCCUUGGCAAUGGGAAGUUAUAAACAGAGGUCGCAUAAUAAAUGUUUCUUAAUUUGUUAUAGGCUUUCUACAAUAAACUUUUAAUCAUAAUGCAUAAGGAUGAACCGAUUAGAAUCCUUGCACGAUUGAAAGAACUUUGAUUGGUUCAUUUCCUUAUGCAUUAUGACUAAAGGGGCUUAUUGUAGAAAAAGCCCAUUAAACUUUAUUAUAUUAAGUAUAUAUAAAAAUAAUUAUUUUUCUUUCAUUAAAUAAGGGUACAAUACAUUUAAGUUUGUAUUUAUUUUUUUUACAAAGAAUGUACAUAUGGUUACUGUACAAAACAUAUAUA